CGUGGGGAUCUGGGGGAUCGAGGCAGUGCGGGAGUCUCCUACGUCGGUGGCGAUCGUGCCAUGCCCGGAGGCGAGGAGGCGCUGGACCUGCCUGCGUGGAACCGCGCCCCAGACCGGGCUUGGGACCCCCACCACAGAAGUGCGAUGGCAUCGCUUGAGUCUGAGGUGAAGGAAGAAUGUCUGAGGGAAGACCUGAAGUUCUACUUCAUGAGCCCCUGUGAGAAAUACCGAGCCAGACGCCAGAUCCCAUGGAAGCUGGGCUUGCAGAUUCUGAAGAUAGUCAUGGUAACAACACAGCUUGUUCGGUUUGGCUUAGGUAACCAGUUGGUGGUGGCUUUCAAAGAAGAUAACACUGUUGCUUUUAAGCACCUGUUUUUGAAAGGAUUUUCUGGAAGUGAUGAAGAUGACUACAGCUGUAGCAUAUAUACUCAAGAGGACGUCUAUGAGAGUAUCUUUUUUGCUAUAAAGCAGUAUCAUCAUCUAAAGAACAUUUCCUUGGCAACCCUUGGUUAUGGAGAAAAUGAAGACAACAGAACUGGCUUGAAAUUCUGUAAGCAGCAUUACAAGACAGGAGCCAUGUUUUCUUCGAAUGAGACCCUGAAUAUUGACAGUGACAUUGAGACAGACUGCCUUCACCUAGACCUCCAGGGGCUCGACAAGGAACCCGAGGACUGGGCACAGACCUCUUUCUUCAGGCUGGAUUUUUACCGGCUCGUGCAAGUCGAUAUCUCCUUUGCCCUCAGAGGAAUCGACCUACAGGCAAUUCAUUCCCGAGAGGUACCAGACUGUUACAGCUUUCAGAAUACGAUUACCUUUGACAACACAGCUCACAGUGGAAAAAUCAAAGUCUAUCUGAACAGCGAGGCCAACAUAGAAGAAUGUAAAGGCCUGAACAUAUCUGGGUCUAUUCAGAGAAGCACUCCCUAUGUCCUGGUGUUUGAUGCGUUUGUCAUUGUGAUCUGCCUGGCAUCCCUUAUCCUGUGCACACGAUCCAUUGUCCUUGCUUUGAAGCUGAGGAAGAGAUUUCUAAACUUCUUCCUGGAGAAGUACAAGCGACGCGUGUGCGAUGCUGACCAAUGGGAGUUCAUCAAUGGAUGGUAUGUCCUGGUCACUAUCAGCGACCUCAUGACAAUAAUUGGAUCCAUAUUAAAGAUGGAGAUCAAAGCCAAGAACCUCACCAAUUACGAUCUGUGCAGCAUUUUGCUCGGGACGUCAACGCUCUUGGUCUGGGUUGGAGUCAUCAGAUACUUGGGCUACUUUCAAACAUACAACGUGCUCAUUCUCACCAUGCAGGCCUCGCUGCCCAAAGUCCUCCGCUUCUGCGCCUGUGCUGGUAUGAUCUACCUGGGGUACACGUUCUGCGGCUGGAUUGUCUUGGGACCGUACCAUGAGAAGUUUGAAAACCUGAACAUAGUGUCUGAAUGCCUGUUCUCUCUGGUCAACGGUGAUGACAUGUUCGCCACCUUCGCUCAGAUCCAGCAGAAGAGCGUCCUGGUGUGGCUGUUCAGCCGCGUCUACCUCUACUCCUUCAUCAGCCUCUUCAUAUACAUGGUCCUCAGCCUUUUCAUCGCCCUCAUCACCGACUCUUAUCACACCAUUAAGAAAUACCAGCAAAAUGGGUUUCCUGAAACGGAUCUGCAGAAAUUCCUGAAGGAACGCAGUAGCAAAGACGGGUACCCAAAAGAGCCAUCAGCCUCGCUGUCCUGUGUCUGCUGUCUGAGGAGGAGAGGAAGUGAUGACCACUUGAUUCUCAUUGACUGAAUGAAUCCCUUCUGCUAAUGUCAAUCAAGUCCAGACCUCUUUCUCCUGUGGUAGUGCAGAGAGACCCCGGAGGGAGCAGAGGCUCACUACAAGAUUCUUACUGAAUUGUGGAUCCAGAAGGAGGGGGGGUGUCUGUCAGCUGCUGACCCGAAGUGACAUUCCAAGUUACUUUUUAUAAACAUGGAGGGUAGAGGAUAGGUUCGUCCUGGGAAUUAAUGUAAUAGAAGUAUGAUAAUGAAGUUCGUCAACAGUCUGCUCACUUGUGACAUCAUAACGUUGGGAUAGAAACAAUAUUACCAUUUCAGAGUGUGUAAGCAAUAUUUAAAACCAGGUGAAGAUAUAUGUUUAUUGCUAGAAAAAGAUUUGCUUUAAAAUGUGAUCUUUGGAUUUGAAGACAUUUGUGAAUUUGUGGUCAGCACAGACAUAUAUUUGGUUUCAAUACCAAGUUAGGGCUUGAAGCUGGAGCACUGGUAAGCCAUGCAAGGCUCACACUCAGACAUUAGCAGAAAGAUGUCUAGAGCACUCAGAUCUCGGCUGGUUGCACUGGGAACUUGCUUCUUGGGCGUGCUAUGCAGUGUCCGUUAGCACAGUCAGUGGGACGAAACAUCUGGAUGUCUCCUCAGGUGAGCUUUCCCUGGCCCGUACACACAAGGCGAGUGGUGCUAAACUGGGAGCGGCCACCUGUCUCAUGAGUCGGCUCCACGU